CUCUGGAGUCAGCAUCCCCUCUGCCUUCUUCAUCACCAUUGAGCUUCAGCAUCCGACUAAAAGCUGAUCCCACAUGCACCCCAUCAAACUGAGACUGAAUGGCCCAUCGCUUGUCUCUGCAGGGCGUCAUCGACAAUGCCCCAUCUGCCUGCAUGCGCCUUGUUUAAGAGUAAAAAAGGAAGCUUACCUAUGUAUUCGGUGCGAGGCUGAAGGGCGGUAUUGUGUUACAGCUGCAGCCUGCAAGGUUAGGACUAUGGAUGUUGUCGAGGAUGAGCUGAGCCUCUCACACGCACCAUGAUGCAGCCGUCAUCCUCCUCCGACACGCCGAGGCAGGCGGACAAUAGCAGCCGGAAGCAGCAGCGUUCCUCCUCCCCCGCCGGCCUGAAAGCGACAAAGCACCUCGCCUCAAAACCGGCGGCGCAGGGUGCAGGGGCAGGGAGAAGCAGCCGAGGUCAUUCCCCCGUCUCAUCGGGCAGGGAGCGGCAGGCCGGAGGCGCUCAAGCAUACAAAGGCGCGGCCGCUAUUCAGGUUGCCGGUGCUGAAAGCCCCACGCUGAGCCGGGCGGCGCCAGACAGAGGUGGCACCCAGACAUCUGACGACUCCCCCCCGCGCCUGUGCCCCGAUGCCUCCUCCCCCUCCAGAGCCGAUCCGAACAGAGUUGUGUCAGAUCAGCCCUGCGCAAGCAAAUCCCCCAAAUUGAGGAGUAAAAACCAGAAAGGAGGGGACGCCUCUGCAGCGAGUAAGAACAGCUCCAAAAGCGCAGUGGGCUGCGGACCUGGCUUCUGGAAGGAGGGGUGCUUACAAUCCGAGCUGAUUCAGUUCCACCUGAAUAAAAGCUUAGGGAAGAAGGGAACAAAGAUGCAGGCCAAACCGGCAUCUCCCCCUGCCUUGGAGCUGUCCCCUGAGCCUGAGCCCCGACAACGAGGCCCCCCACAACCCCAGACACUCCUGGAGGAGGUGGAACGGCUUGAGGAUGAAAACGAUGACCUUAAGACUGAAGUUGAGGAAAUGCGAGCAGAGAUGGAUGAGAUGCGGGACACCUUCUAUGAGGAAGAUGCCUGCCAGCUGCACGACGUGCGCAGAGAGCUAGAGAGAGCCAACAAGAAUUGUCGAAUACUCCAAUAUCGCCUGAAGAAGGCCGAGAGAAAAAGGAUGCGCUUCACAGAGACUGGCCAAGUGGAUGGAGAGAUGCUCAGAAGUCUUGAGCAAGACCUGAAGGUGGCAAAGGAUGUGUCUGUGCGUUUGCACCAUGAGCUGGAGAACGUGGAGGAGAAGAGGACAAGGACAGAAGAGGAGAAUGAGAAGUUAAGGCAGCAACUGAUAGAAGUGGAGGUCACCAAACAAGCUCUUCAGAAUGAGCUACAGAAAGCAAAAGAGCGCUCACUGAAAAGAAAAGGAAGCAAGGAUCUCCAGAAAGAGAGAAAGGCUCAGCAGACCCCAACUGAGGAAGAAAAUGACGAUCUGAAAUGCCAAUUGGCCUUCAUCAAAGAGGAGGCUGUCUUAAUGAGGAAAAAGAUGGCAAAGAUAGACAAGGAGAAGGACCGCCUGGAGCAGGAGCUGCAGAAGUACCGCUCCUUCUACGGGGACGUGGACAGCCCGCUGCCCAAAGGCGAAGCCGGGGGUCCCCCAACGACGCGUGAAUCUGAACUGAAGCUCCGCUUGCGGCUGGUUGAGGAGGAGGCCAACAUCCUGGGGAGGAAGAUUGUAGAGUUGGAGGUGGAGAACAGGGGACUGAAGGCUGAGUUGGAUGACAUGAGGGAGGACAGUCUGGUGGCCGCAGGAGUGGAUGGUGAUGACCGUGGAGGUCAGCAGUGCAGAGAGCAGGGUGAGGCACUCUCCGAGCUGAGGCAGCAGCUGCAGCUGGUGGAGGAUGAAGCAGAACUUCUGCGCAGGAAUUUAGCCGAUGUGGAGGAAGAAAACAAAAAGGUGACAACUGAGCUGAACAAGCUCAAAUACAAGGCUGGCUCCCAUGAAGGUGGCUCAAGACACGGAGGAGGAGGAACUGACCCUGCUAAAAUGGAGGCCCUCCAGGAGGAGCUUAAGGCAGCCCGUCUGCAGAUCAAUGAACUGAGCGGCAAAGUGAUGCAGCUCCAGUAUGAGAACCGUGUGCUGCUGUCUAACAUGCAGCGUUAUGACCUGGCUUCACACCUGGGCAUACGAGGCAGCCCUCGUGACAGUGACGCAGAGAGUGACGGAGGGCGGGAUGAUGACACCCCCUCAGCCUCAGCCUCCUCACCUCGCCUCCUGCCACCCCACCGUAAACGGGAGGGCCCAGUUGGAGGCGAGAGUGACUCGGAUGAGGUGAGGAACAUCCGCUGCCUUACCCCGACGCGCUCCCUCUACUCACCUGUGGAGAGCCGUUUUUUAUCCAGAAGCCUGAAGGACCGGCAGCAGAUGAUAGACAUCCGAAUCGAGGCCGAAAGGCUGGGCCGCACCAUCGACAGGCUUAUUGCUGACACCAGCACCAUCAUUGCUGAGGCUCGUGUUUACGUCACCAAUGGUGAGCUGUUUGCUAGGCUGGAUGACGAAGAUGAAGGUGGCAGGAUCCGAGAACAUGAGCUGCUAUAUCGUAUCAAUGCGCAGAUGAAAGCCUUCAGAAAGGAGCUGCAGGGCUUCAUUGACCGGUUGGAUGUUCCAAAACAAGAUGACAAACAACCAGAGGAACCUCUAUCUAUGUUUCAACCCAUUAUUUUGCUGAUCCUCAUUCUUGUUCUGUUUUCGUCACUCUCUUAUGCCACCAUUUUUAAACUUGUGUUUCUUUUCACUCUUUUCUUUGUUCUGUAGGUCUCACAUAUGCCAUGUUGUACAUCUUUGUCUAUUUUUUCCCCCCCAUGUAGUCCUUCAUUUUAAUUCUUUAUAUUUAACACAAGGUCA